GGUAGUAUUUAAUAUAAUCGUCAAUUGACUUCUUUGAAGAUGAAGCCCCCAGUUCCGUCCGCAACACCAACUUGGCGCAACGAUACGUAUGAUGCCAUCUCACUGAGUCGCCCAGAGCUCAGCGCAUCAGGGAAGAGGAUCGUCAUAAUUGGCGCCGGCAGCGGUAUUGGACGAGAAACUGCAAGAGCCUUUGCUGCCGCCGGAGCUUCUCAUGUCGCUCUCUUGGGUCGCAGAGAAGCGUUGCUAAACGAUACCAAGUCCCAAGUUACGGCAGCCAACGAAAACACCUCUGUGUCUGUCCACGCAGUAGACAUAACCCGAGAAACAAGCAUUAAAGAUACCGCGGCGUCCAUUGGUAAAUGGGACGUCCUAAUCAACGCCGCGGGCUAUGUUUCCGACCCCGGACCGAUGGCAUCAGCGGAUACAGAGGAAUGGUGGAAAGGCUUCGAGGUACACCACCCCUAUUCCCUCAACCUAGCCAACCCAACCAAUCUUACCCCAAUCCAGAUCAACAUAAAAGGAGCAUUCAUAGCCAUCAAGUCCUUUCUCCCCACCGCCAACCCAUCGCACACCGCGAUCCUAACCCUAACAUCCGGCAUGGCAACAGCGCCAGCGAAGAACUUCGUCCCGUUAUCAUCUUACAUGAUCUCGAAACUGGCACAGGUGAAACUGAUGGAAUUCCUCGCUCUCGAACAACCGCACAUCUUCGCCGCGACCGUGCAUCCAGGCAUGGUCGACACCGACAUUCUCAGAAAAUCGGGUGGGGAUCCUAGUCGAUUGCCUCUGGAUACAUGUAAGUUGUACCUACCUACUCUUCUCAAGGCGAUACAUAUAAAUGUUGCAUUUUGCGUCACAGGGGGCUUGCUAAUCAACAUCGCUCUCCAGUGGAACUACCAGCGCACUUUUUGGUUUGGCUUUCCAGUCCAGAGGGAGCGUUCUUGAACGGUCGCUCGGUAUGGGCUAAUUGGGACGUAGAAGAGCUUAAGUCGCAGGCUGGUGAUAUUCAGUCGGGGCAAUUGAUGACCAGUGGUGUUUUCGGGUGGCCAUUUCCGCACAUGUAAUGAGGAGAUUCUCACCAGCAGAUUAUUUGGGUGAUUAGAAAAAAAUCGACCUCCUAAAUUAGAAUCAGCCAGGAAAAGCUAAAACAAGAUGUUAUUAGAAAAGAUCGAAUUUCU